AAAGCUGUCCUUUUCAGGCAAUUCUGGGUUUUAGAAGCCAUGACUCUGAAGAGUUGACAGGCAAGGGAUGUAUGAGGCCCCAAUCUCCUCCACAACAUGGUGUGAUAAACCCAUACCCUCUUGUGAAGAGGCAGCCACUUAGGUCACAGGAGGUAGGCGCGUGCAGUGAGAUGUGGAAGGGCAAGGCCAAUCUUGGCCAGUCUCAGCCGCUCAGGCCUCCCGACACCUUUGGGUCUUGCCCAGCCCUCCAGCCCACCCAAGCUCUCCUCGUGGGCUCCUUCUUUUGCCCUCUGUAAGGCAAAAGGACCUUCUAGGUCCAGCUGUGGAGCAGAAAGCAGUAGCCAGGAAGGAUCUGACCCCUUUGGCUGGACAUGGCAACAGGUGUGUUGAAAGAUGAGUCGCUAAACCUGAUCCUGCCCUCCGGGAGUGAGGAGCUCAGUUUCGGGUCCUCAGGUCUCCAAGCAUGACUGUGUGGCUUUAUAUAGCUCUGUACACCCUAUAUAAGCGGGAAGCGGGGUGUCUGGCGGACCAAGAGCCUGUAGGCUUAUCAGGUCUGGCCUGUGUAUUCCUCACCUUACCACAGGGUCCCUCGAGGGGCGGUCCACCUCAGUCCCCAGGAUGCCCAGUAGAACUGUCCGUUACUCCCGCUACAGCCCCCAGCAGCGGCGCCGGCGGCUGUUGGCCGAUCGCAGCGUGCAUUUUCCUAAUGAUGUUCUCUUCUUGGACCACAUCCGCCAGGGUGACCUGGCACAGGUGGGCCGAUUUAUCCGUGCUAGGAAAGUCUCCUUGGACACCAUCCACCCCUCUGGCCUGGCUGCUCUGCAUGAAGCCGUGCUGUCAGGAAACCUGGAGUGUGUGAAGUUGCUGGUCAAAUAUGGGGCCGACAUUCACCAGCGGGACGAGACGGGCUGGACGUCUCUGCACAUGGCCUGCAGCGAUGGGUACCCUGACAUAGCCAGGUACCUCAUCUCCCUGGGGGCCGACAGAGCGGCGGCCAACGACGACGGCGCGCUGCCCUCCGACCUCAUCGACCCGGACUUCCAGGACCUGCUGGAGCUCUUCCGCGGCGCGAGCAUGGGCUGAGCCGGGCCGGGGCCGC